UCGCGGUCGCCGCGGUCAGUUCAGCAGUUCAGUUCAGUUCGGUUCUUCGGUGUGUUUUCUCGUCGUUUUGUGGCCGUGUCGCGUUGUCGGAGAUUUUCUUUUUCCCCCAAUGGACUGCCUGCUGCGGCCCCUAUUCGGAUUGCGAAUUUGCUGUGGAAGUUCUUGUUAGAAAAGAAAGGUGAAAGCAAGGAUAACGGUAUCUAGCCAAUUGGAUUUGCCUCAAUUUGGAAUUGAUUUUCCAGCUACGGCUGUCUCGGUUGUUGGAAACCGGAAAACGCUGUGCGUGGAAAUCGCGGUGAAAAUAUUUCCCCGAAUUUUGUGUGCUUCCUCUCUUGAGAAGGUGCUACUUUUCUAACGGGAGUGAAAAUUUCGGAAAUGAAGGUUUUCGGUCGAGCUUGAACGACUUUAAUGGUGAAUUUUGGGAUCGAUCUAAAGUGUGGCCGAUGAAAGUGCAUUAUUCAGCUGAAAAUUCUAUGUUUUAAAGUGCAAAAAGUUCUAAAAAUAAGCUAUAUUUUCCAUCAGCCGGAAAAAUCGAAGUGAGACGGAUAAUAUUUUUUCUUGUUCGUCGGGCGAGAAAAGUUCCCCCUCGGGUGGAAAAAAUUUUCAUUGAUCGAAGAAGGCGGAGGGUGGUGUUAGCUUUUCCUUGUGUUUUCCGGUGCUGCACGAAAUCGGCAAAAGGGAGACGGUGAAAACUGCUAAAAGGUUAAAUUUGCCAUUGCCGAAGUUUGGUUGAACUGCAGCAUAAUGGGUAAAAGCAAAAUCCAGUGCAACAAGUGUCAGAAGAAGUGCUCCGGCGAGGUGUUGCGUGUGACGGAUCGGUACUUUCACAAAUCCUGCUUCCUGUGUACCAAGUGCAACAAAUCCCUUUCCACCGGGGGGUUCUUCUCCAAGGAUGGCGCCUAUUACUGCACCCUGGACUACCAGAAGCUUUACGGCACCAAGUGUGCCGCCUGCGGUCAGUACGUCGAGGGUGAGGUUGUCUCGACGAUGGGCAACACAUAUCAUCAGAAGUGCUUCACCUGUAGCAAAUGCAAACAGCCAUUCCAGUCGGGCAGCAAGGUCACCAACACCGGCAAGGAGGUGCUUUGCGAGGCUUGCGUCAAGGGCCCAACACCAGCAGCAGCAGUAGUUCCGGCAGUGGCGGCGGCGGGACCGCAAGUCACUAGUUCACCAAAGAGACAGAUCGAGCAGAUUCAGGAACAGAAGACGAUAAAGGAAAUUACUUCUAGCCCCACGAAAUCUGCCACCCUGCAACACCACCAGGAAGCGGUCCGGAAGCAGCAGAACUGCAAGGACUCAGAUCCGAACGAGUGUGCCGGAUGUCAGCAGCAGCUGAAGGAAGGCCAGGCGCUAAUCGCCCUGGACCGGCAGUGGCACAUAUGGUGCUUCAAGUGCAAUGCUUGCGGGAUCACGCUAAGCGGCGAGUAUAUGGGCAAGGACGGGGUUCCGUACUGCGAGAAGGACUUCCAGAAGUCUUUCGGCGUCAAAUGUGCCUACUGCAACCGUUACAUUAGUGGGAAGGUCUUGCAGGCCGGUGACAAUCACCACUUCCAUCCGACGUGUGCCCGGUGCACCAAGUGCGGUGAUCCAUUUGGCGACGGAGAAGAAAUGUACCUGCAGGGUGGCGCCAUUUGGCAUCCUCGGUGUGGCCCCGGUCCGUCCUCGGAGUCGGCCAUCCUGAAUGGAGUCGAAUCCAAUGGCUUCAACACGGAAACCGAGUUCGAUCGGACCAGCACAAGUGCAAUGAGUGAAAUUCAGUUUUCGUUACGUUCCCAAACACCAAGUUUGAGUGGUUCAGUUUAUAGUCCUUACACAAAUAGAAAGUAUCACCGAACUACUAGUCCUGGACUGAUUCUGAGAGAGUACAACCGUCAAGGAUUUGACGACAUAACACGUAUCCACACCUAUAGUUAUUUAACAGAUGAACCACAUUAUCUGAGAAAACCGAUAGAACCUUAUGACAAGGCGCCAGUGUCACCGCACUUCCAUCGGCCGCAUCAUUAUGGUAGCAGUGCUCGUUCGGGUUCCGGGUCUCGAUCCCAUUCCCGCAGUCGUAGCGCCAUGAAGGUUCUGGUCGAUAGCAUCCGAUCGGAAACGCCGCGCCCGAAAAGCCCCGGAAUGAACAACGAAGAACCGAUCGAGAUGAGCCAUUAUCCGGGUGCUAAGAAGCCGCCACCAGGCGAAAAACCAAAGAUAGAACGGGACGAUUUUCCGGCCCCUCCUUACCCGUACACCGAUCCGGAACGGCGGCGACGCUACUCGGAUUCGUAUAAGAACAUCGAGUCAGAUGAUGAGGUGGAUAAUGCUCAGGUCAAAAACAAAGAGGACAAGGAGAAUCAGGUUGAAAGACUCCGUCGUGAAGAAGAAGAGCUCAGCAAGCUGAAAUCUUCCGGGAUGGGCAAGGUGAUACUGAAGGACCUGCAGGAGCAUAAAAAGUACGAGAGCUGGAAGCGGGAGAACCUGGAUCCUCGCAACGCGUCCCGUACCCCGUCAGCGUCGAAGGAACCGAGCUACCGGCUGCGAUACGAAUCACCGGUUGGGGCUUCCCCAUCGCGGAAUCUCGACCACCAGCGACCCUACGAGGAGGAAUACUUCGAUCGAUCGACUAGCUACCGCGGAUCGGUGGGCCGCGCCAUCGGAAACGCUCCCAGCUACAAUGAAAUACGCCCACACACAGCCAUUCACUCGUAUAGGUCACCGCCGAAGCCAGGAUAUGGAUUCAAAUCGUCGACGCUACCACCAUCGUCGAUCCGGAAUGGCUACAGCUCUGUAAGUUGGCAAGCGGCAGUUCGACGGACUCCGCUUGAGCCUAGAAUCCUCUUCCUUCGAUGUUAUCUGCUACCUUAUGUAUUAAAUUAACAACUCAAAAGGGGGAAAUGGUGGUGUGGUGGUGGUAAAUCAUGGCUAGAAUCUUUGUGGUGCACUCUCGUUUUCGUUUCCCAUGGGUAACGUCCGUGGAACAUCCUAAUAAUACUUACACUUGACCAAGAAAAGCUUCUGUGAAAUAACAUUUUUUCUACAGCUGCUAAUCCACAUAUCUCUAUGUUUGUUUUCUUCAAUUUUCCCCAAAACAUUUAAUACGCUUGCUGGAUCUGUGUCUGGACUAACCUACUUAUCCCUAAACAAACUUUGAAACCGAACGUUCCAUAUCGUAAUCA